AACAGCACAGGAAGUGGCGCGCAACUGUUGAAAAACUGUCUCACAACAAACUGCAGGCGGUCUGAUACAGUUGAAUUUUGUCAACCUCAAAACUGAAGAAGUAAAAAGAAAAACCCAUUGGAUUCGUACAGUAAAACAUGUCGUUUGUGAGAGUGGGGCGUCCACAACAGCACAGCAAAGGAAAAAGGCCCGUUCGCCCCAAGAAGGCAGCAGCUCCCAAAAGAGAGUGGGUGAGCACUGUCAACGACCUGUCUGUGCUCAAGGCGACACCUGCGGAGCUGAGUCAUCGGCAUGAGAUUCACAAGUCCCACAACAAGGCUGCGGCUCAGUGGGAGCUGAGAGAGAAAGCUCUGAAAAGUCGUCUGAAACAUGCUGGGAGUCCUGCGCCGCUGGACAAGGCCAGUCUCAGCAUCAUCAGGGAGGUUUUCUCUGACCAGCUGCUCCUGCAGGAUGUGUUGGCCCGCUCUGACAGAGCCAUGGCCGUGGUCAAGGACCUGUUUGGAGAUGCUCCACGCAGACAGACUGGGCACCCCAGUGUGACCAUGGCUCCAAACUGUGACUCUGACUCAGAUCUGCCUGUUCUCCAGAGACCAGAUCCUCCAACUCAGCUGUCACUGCUCAGCCAGUCUAUGAUGGACCAGCAGGCUCUUAAUGAACUAGAAGCUUCAGAGGAAAACCACAGCGAUGAAGACGUCUAUCCCUCUGCCAGUUCAGAGUAUCAUGUUGUCCGAAGGGCCAACGUACGAAAAAAGAAGGCACGUUCUCAGGGUAAAGUCAUACAGCAGAAGAAAGUCCACCAUCCCAUCUCUGACCUGGAAAACAGAGAUGGUGUUCCUUUAACCCCCUGCACAUCAGGCAGAGCACCAGACCAAACAGCUCUCAAUGCUACAGUGGCUGUGCAGCGUGUUCGGACCAGACAGAGCCAGUCAGAGGAAGCCAAGGAGGAACCGUCUGCCCUGGUUUCUCAGGUCCUGAACCCUGAUAUACCUCUCAACCAGACAGCAGGAAGGGUCAGUAGUCGAACCAGCAGAACCAGGAAGUGUGUUUCUCAGAGUUCAGAGCUGGACGGCUCCUCUCUUACCUCUCUCAGUGGGGACCAGUCCAGUCUGGGCCUGUUACAGGCCAUGUUGGGUCAGGUUGAGGCAGACCUAGACACUCUGAGUCCUGACACAGCACCAGAGUCAUCACAGAGUCCAAAACAGCACAGAACACAAGGCCUCACUGGAUUCUCUGUCGCGCUGGUGUCCACACUCAGACGUUUAGUGCACCUCCACAGACAGAGGGAUGAGGAAAUUCAAAGAGAGGCACAGGAGAGGAAAAGACUGGAGGUGGAGCUGAGAGAGCAGCGGGGGCUGAUUGAUGCUCUCACUGCAGAGACCAUGACUCUGAGAGAAGCAGCUACUGCCCUGCAGGCGGGGUUGCAGCAGCGAACCACAGAGCUGGAGCAGAAGUUGGAUGCAGUGGUGUUGGUGAUCGGGGGACUUGGACUGUUGGAGGCACACACUGACCCACCUGAGCAGUCCGAUGUUAAAGCUGCAGUUUGUCAAUCUGCACCUGUUCCUGAGCGAAGACAGGCCUCUGUUUCUCCUGCCGUCCUGCUCUCGCCACCUCAACAGAGAGACGCCUGGCAACAUAUUCCUGUGACCCAUCCUGUGCCCUUCCACCAUCAGCUUCCUGCUGUAGACGACCUCCGUUCUUGGGAGGACAUCCAGGCCCAGAGCUCAGCCUCCAGCUUCACCAGCCUCCCUCUCACCAGCCUUCCCUCCACCUCCUCGCUCUCACUGAUGUCUGAUGCCCUCAGCUCACAGCUCCCUCCCGAGGCCAUGCUGGCUGAGAUCGCUCAGCUGAGCAGACAGAAUGACCUGAUCAGGGCCCAGCUUAGCCAGGUUAAGAGCCUUGGGUCAGGGGUCGGAGGAUCGCUUAACAGUGACAGCGAGCAGACAAGACCGAGCUCUAGCAGCACCGGGAGAAUUACACCUCAGAGUGUUGGAGAGAGGAGGACGUCAGGGUCCAGCAGCGCCGGGAGACAGAGCCAGAACAUUCAGGUCAUUGAUGGAGACAAAGUGACUCAUCAGACAACAUCUCCUAAAGCCCUCAGUGUGAACAGUGCGGAACAGCGCCUCCUAGAGCUAAACAGGCAGAGUGCUGCAGCCAGGGGUCGACUGCUGGAGCUCAUUGAGCAACAGAAACAGAGUAUUUCAUCCAGAGUUUCUCCCUCUGUCUCCCCCAUCCCUGCUUCUGCCUUGAGUCCACCUAUACCAGCUGGAGGAGGAAGUCCAGAGGUGUCCAUGCUGCUGCCUGCACAGGAGCUUCUGCCACAGGCUGGUGGUGGUCAGAGACGAUCUGCUGGUUCUGAAGCUUCUUCUCACAGUUUUGGAGGAGAAACCAGGGAUGGCAAAACACAGAUGGAGAAGCAGAGAGAGCGGCAGGGAUGGUUUGCCUUGUCUGCUCAUGUGAGAUGACAAGAAGAGGAUGAUUCACCCUGAGAAACCUGAGGACAUUUUAUUAACAUUUUAUUUUUUUUUAAAUAUUCAAUCUAUGCAUUUUAAUGACUGAAUUAAAUUGAUUUUAAUAAAAAAAA